GGCGGGUAGUUUCAAUGUAACGAGAUGUCACAUUUCUAGGUUAUAUAACCUUUCAUUAUUGGAAAAUUUAAAAUAAAUUCAAAAUGCUUCCAAUCAAUCCAUUUAGUAGCGAUGCAGUUCAAAAGGAAACAUUAACCGAACAAAAAGUCGAAUCGUACGACAUAAAAGGUGUCAGCGGUUGGGCGGGUGUAAAACGAAUAUUUGAAGUGGAUGAGUUUAAUAACAUAAGUCCUGAGGCUAAUUCGGUUUUACAAGUGGCAGCUAUGAGCACAUUUGUAGGGGCGAUCUAUGGUGGUAUUAUGAGUAGCAAAACUGCAUACAUUGAUUUUAUGCAAAACAAUCAAGCCACAGCUUUCAAGGAUCAUUUGGACGCAAAGAAAAAGUUACAAGAUAAAGUGACACUAAGCUUUGGAAAGGGGGCUUUUAAAUGGGGUUGGAGGUUGACACUGUUUACCAGCACCUUUGUAGGAGUUUCAAAUUUGGUAUCAGCAUACAGAGGUAAAUCUGGAAUUUUAGAGUAUGUUGCAGGAGGAGGUGUCUCAGGUUUCCUGUACAAAUUUAAUAUGGGACCCAGAGGAUGGGUUGUUGGUAGUUUAUUAGGUUCUUCUCUUGGACUAGUUUGUGGUUGUUUAACACAAGGCAUCUUAAAAUUAUCUGGAAUGUCAAUGGAGGAAGCAAGAUAUUGGCAAUAUCAUUGGAAACAAGGCAAAACAGAAUAUUGGAAAAAGGGAGUGAAAGAAUACAUGGAGAAAGAUGAAUUUGCAGUAAUAAAAUUACACAAUCUCGAAAUCGGCGAAGAAGGAAAAAAUAUUGAAAAUCUUGACAAAGAGACAAAGAAAAAAAGUUGAUUAAUUAGAUUAUUUAUUAAUAUUUUAAUGUGAUAUGAAUAUUGUUGUACAAUAAAUGGUUGAUUUAAUAUAAUUUA